AGCCGUGAUAGGCUUAACUGCUUAAGUCCUUAACUCCUUAAGGCUUAUCAUAUAUUCAGGCCCAUGAGAAAGCCCAAAUCAUUGUAUUGCAGUGCUAGGCCCGGGCUUAAGCCCGAAGGCUACAUAGUCCUGCUCCACCAUCCACCUUCGUCUUCUUCUUUGACAAAUCGCUGUCUCCUUUCAGCUGCUGAGGACAUCGACGCCGGCAAAAGAGCUUCAACUCACUGCGUAGGAAAAACACCAAAACCCAGGUGAUUACAGACAAAUAUCUCAACUAUGGUUUAGACAGAGAGUGCAAUUUGCUGCAAUAGUAGCAUGCGGAUUUUUGUUGGAUACAAUGACAAAUGAGAAUACAAGCAGUGUUGAGAUAGAUUAUGAAUAUGAAGAUUAUAAUAGUUCAAAGCGCCCAAAAAUGACAUCCAAAGUAUGGGAAGAUAUGCAGCGAAUCCAAACAACUGAUGGCAGCAAAGCUCUGUGCAAGCAUUGUGGAAAGAUGUUGCAAGCUAAUUGUGGGACUUCUCAUUUGAAACGUCACUUAAUGAUAUGCCCGAAGCGUCCAAAAACUGCUGAUAAUACUGAAGAUUCAAUGCCUACAGUUUGCUUCAGAGGCAGUGGCAGUGCCAAAGAUUCUGGAUUAAACACACUGCUUAUGGUUCGUCCAUUAAAGGUUGAACCCGAAUCCCAAGUCACAAUUUAUUCACAGAAUCCAAAUAUUAGGGUACCAACUGCCAUUCCAUCUAUAGAAAACACCCCCAGUUCCAUACGAGAACUACAUGAGAAAAACAGUUCCAAUUUGUUGCUGUCUGGCAUUGAAUCCCCCCAGAAUGAAGAGGAACUUGUACUGAACGAUGUAGAAAUGAAAGCAUUUUAUGCUUCUCUUGAUGCUGAGACCUCAGUUACAUCACCUUCCCAAGAUAUCUCAGCCGUUACCGAAUCAUCGAACAGCACACCAUGUGAAGAGACCAAGAAUGCAUUGCAAACACUGCAAGACCUUCUCUCCAAAGACUUCUCUGCACUAGUGCAUCCUGGACAGUGUGGUACCUUCAAAUCUACUAUAGAUUACCUUUCCAAGUUGUCUUCUGACGAUGGAGUCUCAUCAGAAAUAAAGUUGUUGAUAUUAGAAGUAUCAAGAGAAUUCACCAGGUGGAGUUGUGACUACAAUGAUGCUAGUAGGAAAAUAGAGUCUGCCAGUGCCAACAUCUUGAAAGCAGAUAAACUAGAAGAGAAUCUUGAAGUGAACAAGAAUCAGUUCAAGGAAGUCUUGUCGUUGGAAAAUGAGUUGAGCAACCAGAUCGCGAGCUUGGAGCAGAAGAAGAAAGAGCUAGAAGAGCAAAUAAGUGCCAUUAAGGCUAACUUAUCUGUGUUUCAAUCAGCAAAGAACACAGCUAUUAAGAGGAAAAGGGAAGUCUUUGAAGAAGCAAAGACACUCAAAGCACAAAGAGAUGAGUUGAGGGACCAAGUGCCUCACUUGAGAGAUGAGUGUGAAGAGGCCAAGAAAAUACAAGCAAAUUUAAGAGCUGAAUGGACAAAGCUUGGAGAAAAAUUUAGCAAAGGCUUAACUGGGGUCAAUUGUGAGGACUCGGAUGGUAUGGCUAUUCAGAUAUGUCAACCAGAAAAUCAAAUUUAAAAAUCUGAUUUUGAUUUUAUUUCAUAUAGAUAGCUUCCUUCAUACCAACUGAAUGAUGACCUAUAAAUUGCUCUGAUACUUGUUAGAACUCCAUGAGGAGAAAGCUAGUGACUUUAAUUUCAUGAGGAUAAUGGUUAUGAUCGUUCAAUAUGUAGUUGUUUACACUGUCAAAUUAUGAUAGAUAACGGGUUUGAGCCACUUCACCGA